UUCCUUUUUCCUUUUCUCGCUUGCACAGAAUCAAACACAAAAAAGAAAGAGAGAGAGAGAGAGAGAGAUGGGGUGAAAGGGUAGAGAAAGCAGCUGUGGAUGUUGCAUUACAGCUGCUGAUCAAACCCCUCUUUCAGUUCGUUCUGGUAGUUUUAAUGCGUUGGGAGUAAGGAUUUUGGAUAUAUUGCUUGGUUUUUGGAUGCUGGUUCCGUCGAUCAGGUGCGGAGAUUAAAAGAGUAGAAGAGUUCUUUUUUAGCAUUGAAUUGGUGGAUUGGAAGUCGUUUGGCUCUGGUUCUGGCUUGGACCUAUUUACCUGGUUUUUAUAUUGGUACACAAGGAUCGGGCUUUUUUCACAAUCAGAGCAGAUAGUGUUUUGUUGCUGUUGCCGUUGGAGAAAUGGCAGCAUUGUCACAUCCUGAAUCGAGACGGCUGUAUUCAUGGUGGUGGGACAGCCAUAUCAGCCCAAAGAAUUCGAAAUGGCUUCAAGAAAAUCUUACAGAUAUGGAUAUGAAGGUGAAAACAAUGAUCAAGCUUAUAGAAGAAGACGCAGAUUCCUUUGCAAGGAGGGCAGAGAUGUACUACAAGAAACGUCCAGAGCUUAUGAAACUGGUUGAGGAGUUCUAUCGGGCAUACCGUGCUUUGGCAGAAAGGUAUGAUCAUGCAACUGGAGAGCUCCGGCAGGCACAUCGAACCAUGGCGGAAGCAUUCCCCAACCAGAUCCCAUUUGCUCUCACUGACGAUUCUCCCUCGGGCUCUUCUGCGACGGAGGCAGAACCGCGGACACCCGAAACACCGCACCCCAUACGUACACUUUUUUAUUCUGAUCAUGACGACUUGCAAAAGGAUGCUUUAGGGCUUUCAUCGCAUCACCAUGUUAUCAAAAGGAAUGGAGCAUGCACCGACGACAGUGAGGCUGUUGCAAGGAAAAAAGGGUUGAAACAGCUCAAUGAUUUGCUUUCGCCGGCAGAGGGGGUGGACCAUGUAAAGCUAGGGGAAGGGCGGGUGAGGAAAGGCUUGAAUUUUCGAGAAGAGGAGAGGCAAAGUUCUGAGAAUAAGACACAUGAUGCAUCUCGAGACCUCCAAAAACACGGUGUGGAAGAUAGAGAGGAGGCUGGUGGUAAAACAAGAGGUCUGCGAGAUGAAAUUUCUAGAUUAUCGGCCGAGAAAGGGAAUCUUGAGAAGAGGGUCAUGUCAGAGUCCGAACGUGCUGGCAAAGCUGAAGCUGAGGUUGAGAGCCGAAGGAAAGCCCUGUCCACAUUGAAAGCGGAAAAGGAAGCCGCCUUGCAUCAGUACCAGCAGUGCUUGGAAAGGGUGUCGAGUCUGGAGGCUGAAAUUUCUUGUGGAAAAGAAGAUCUUUACAGACUUAAUGGUGAGAUUUCUAAAUUCUUGGCCGAGAAAGAGAAUCUCGAGAAGAGGGUUAUGUCAGAAUUUGAACGUGCUAGUAAAGCUGAAGCUGAGGUUGCAAGUCGACAGGAAGCCUUGUCAGCGUUGCAAGCUGAAAAGGAAGCCGUCUUGCAUCAAUACCUGCAGUGCUUGGAAAGAGUGUCAAACCUGGAGGCUGAAAUUUUUCAUGGGCAAGAAGAUCUCAAUCGGCUUAACAGUGAGAUUUCUAAAUUAUCAGUUGAGAAGCAGGAUCUUGAGAAGAGGGUCAUGUCAGAAUCCCAACGUGCUGGUAAAGCUGAAGCUGAGGUUGACAGCCGACAGAAAGACCUCUUUGCAUUACAAGCUGAAAAGGAAGCUGCUCUACAUCAAUACCAGCAAUGCAUGGAAAGGUUGUCUAUCUUGGAGGCUGAAGUUUCUCGAUGGCAAGAAGGUUUCAACAAACUUAAUGGUGAGAUCUCUAGAUUGUCAAUCGAGAACCAGAAUCUCGAGACGAGGGUCAUGUCAGAAUCCGAACGUGCUGGUAAAGCUGAAGCUGAGAUUGAGAGCCUACGGAAAGCCCUAUCUGCAUUACAAGCUGAAAAGGAAGCCACCCUACAUCAAUACCUGCAGUGCUUGGAAAGGGUGUCUAACUUGGAGGCGGAAAUUUCUCGUGGGCAAGAAGAUGUUGACAGGCUUAAUGGUGAGGUUUCUAAAUUAUCUACCAAGAACCAGAUUCUUGAGACAAGGGUCAUUUCGGAGUCCGAACGAGCUGGUAAAGCUGAAGUCGAGAUCGAGAGCCUACAGAAAACAGUAUCUGCAUUACAAGCUGAAAAGGAGGCGACCCUACAUCAAUACCAGCAAUGCUUGGAGAGGGUGUCUAACCUGGAGGCUGAAAUUUUCCAUCGGCAAGAAGAAGCCAACAAGCUUAACAGCAAGCUACAAAUGGUGGCAGCAGCAUUAAAUGGUGCUGAAGAACGCUCUCUUCUGUUGGAGAAAACAAACGAAUCUCUACAGUCGGAGGUGGGGGCUUUGAUGCAGAAGGCAAUGAUGCAGCAACAAGAACUCGCAAGUAAGAGCGAGGAGUUGGAGAAGCUCAGCAUCUGCAUUCAAGAUGAGCGCCUGCAUUUGAUGCAGGCUGAAGCAGCACUCCAGUCUCUGCAGGAUUUGCAUUUGCAAUCUCAAGAAGAGCAGAGGGUUUUGGCAUCGGAACUUCAACAUGGGGUUCAGAUGUUGAAGGACAUGGAGUUCAUGAAACAGGGCUUGGAGGAUGAAGUCCAGCGGAUCAAAGAAGAAAACCACGGCUUAAAUGAACAGAACCUUUCGUCUGCUUUGUCGAUAAAGAAUCUGCAAGAUGAUAUCUUUAGCUUGAAGGAGGCGAAUGGGAAGCUUGAGGAGGAAGUCGGGCUCCGCACCGACCAAAGAAAUGCACUUCAGCAAGAGAUUUACUGUUUGAAAGAAGAAAUAAAUGAUUUGGGCAGGAGACACCGAGACGUGAUAGUGCAAGUUGAGUCAGUGGGUUUGAAUGCGGAGUGUCUCCAAUCAUCCGUGAAGGACUUGCGGGAUGAGAACUCAAGCCUGAAAGAGACCCGAAAGAGAAGUGAAGAUGAGAAAUUAGUUCUUUUGAAGAAGUUGGAAGAGAUGGAAAAGCUUAAAGAAAAGAAUGUGGUUUUGGAGAUCUCCCUUUCAGAUGUGAGUGCGGAGUUAGAAGGGUCGAGAGAGAAGUUAAAGGCAUUGGAAGAAUCCCUCCAGUCUCUUCAGGGAGAGAAGUCCGCCCUCAUCGCUGAGAAGUACACGCUUGUCUCUCUGGUUGAAAGCCUCACGGAGAAUGUGGAGAACCUUGAGGAGAAGAAUACUUUCUUGGAGAAUUCUCUGUCCGAGGCAAAUGCCGAACUCGAAGGGUCGAGAGAUAAGUCAAAGAGCUUAGAAGAAUCCUGCCGGUCUCUCCAGGAUGAAAUAUCCGGGCAUCUCGCUGAAAGGGGCUGUCUGGUCUCUCAAGUAGAAAUCAUCAGGCAGUGUCUGGAAGAGCUUGAGAAAAGGCAUGCAGAUUUAGAAGACGAGCGGUUGGGCCUCGAGAAGGAGAGAGAAUUGGUACGCUGUCGCAUCACUGAGCUACAAGCAUCCUUGGAUCUUGAAAAGCAAGAACAUGCAUGUUAUAUCCAGUCAAGCAAGGCUCAGCUGGCUGCAUUGGAAGACCAGAUAUGGCUCCUGCAGGAAGAAUCCCAGGGGAGGGAGAAAGAGCUCGAAGAGGAACAGGUUAACGUCAUGAAUGCUCAGUUUGAGAUAUUUGUCUUGCAGAGUUGUAUCAAUGAUGCAAAGGAAAGGCAGUUGGCUCUUUUGAUGGAAUGUCGGGAGCUCAUCGAGGCUUCCGAGCAUGCGGAGAAACAGAUUUUGGAGCUGAAGCAGGAAAAUCAUCUGCAGGAGGAAAAAGUGAAGUCCUUAGAAGAGAACGAUGAAAAGCAGAGAACAGGGUUUCAUCAGGUUUUAAAAUCACUUGAUAUUGAUGCAGAUGGUGGAUUACCGUAUGCAUAUCUCGCCCUCAUUCUAGAAAAGAUUAAAGGCAUGCGGAAUUCCAUUUUGGAUGCCGAGGACGACAGGCUACAGUUGCUUUUUGAGAAAGCUGUUUUUAUAACUCUUCUGGAGGAACUAAGACUAGCAGCAUCAGAUCUGAGGUCAGAAAAGUAUGCUCUCGAGCAGGAGUCUGAAAUCAGGAACAAGGAGCUGGUGAUGCUGCAAGCUGAAAAGUAUCAACUCCUGGAGAUGAAUGAAGGGUUGAGGCAGGAGGUGGAGGCAGGCCGCAGAAGGGUUGAGCUAUUACAGGGCGAGAUGGAGAUGAUGUGUGGACAGUUGUCAGAUUCUCAAGAGGCUUACCAGACAUCACAGAAUGAGAAUUGCAAGCUGCUCGAAGAAAACCGAUCGUUGGUGAAGGAAUUAUGUGAUCUUAGGGCAGAAAACAACAUGCUGGAAGCAGAAAACAAUGGUAUCCUUAGAGAAGCGAUGAUUCUGGGCAAUCUUUCAUUGGUUUUUGAGGGCAUUAGUGCUGAGAAGGCCAUGGAAUUAGAAGUGCUUAAUGAUGAUCUGGACCAUCUUCGUGGGGUUAAUUAUGAUCUUCAGAAGUUUAGAGUAAUGGCAGAAAUGUUACAAGCGGAAAAUUCACGUCUCAAGAAGUCAGUUGAAGAUCUGGAAGAGAUCAGGAACCAUUCGUUGGUUUUAGAGGAUGAACUGAUCACAGUCAGAAAUGUCAGUGAACAGUUGACUCAUCAACUUGUAGUUGGAAAAGAAGUUUUGAGUCAGAAGGAAGCGAAGCUGUCACAAGCUGAUCUGAAGCUUGAAGCUAUACAGAGUGAGAACUCAGAACUACGAAAGGAAAUUGCAGAAAUUCAAACCAGAGAAGAGAAUUUGAAUUCUGAACUGACUGGAAAAAUUAAGGAGGUUGGACUUUGGGAGACUGAGGCUGCUGCACUGUACAAUGAUCUUCAAAUCUCCACCAUCCAUGCAUCAGUGUUAGAAGGGAAGGCCCGCGAGCUGAUUGGAUCAUGUGAGAGCCUUGAAGAGAGUGGCACACUUCAGAGAGAAAUGUUCAAUGAUGAAAGGGUCUUGAAAAAUGCAGAUAUUGAGGAGCUGAAGGAAAAGAUAAGUGUGUUGGAAACAGAAAAUGGAGGAAUUAGAGCAGAACUGACAGCUUAUCUGCCUCUCGUCUUAUGCUUGAAAGAUACCAUAUCAUCUCUAGAAGACCACGCCCGUUCAUUGAGGAGCCAUGCCACAGACAGUCAGGAAAUGCAGGAUGCUGCGACCGUGAGUCAUCAGCAUGGAAAGGGUGGCCAGGAUCUGAUUGAAGCUCAUGAUGCUGUGGUGCCAGCUGGGAUUGUUGAGUUGCAGAAUUUGCAGAAAAAGGUUCAUGCGGUUGAGAAGGCAAUGAUGGAAAUGGAGAGGCGCUCAAUGUUGGAAAGCUCAGUUGCAAAUGCCAGAUUUGAGGCUUCGAUGAAAGAGAUAGAAGAGUUAAAAUCGAAAAAUGGUUCGGUGCAGGACAUUGAGACAAGCAAGGUUGUCGUUAUUGAACUCGAAGAGGAGGACGCGGGGCCCAAUAAUGAUGUUGAGCUGCAGAAAAAUGAAGAGGAAAUUUCCAAAACGAAGAAUGGGGUCAUGAUGAAAGAUAUUCAGCUUGACCAUGUUUCAGAUUCUUUAUCCUAUGAAAAUGGCAGCAUUUGUUCGUACGGAAGUGGUCGGAGAGGGAAUGCUGAGGCAGAUGAUCAGAUGCUUGAAUUAUGGGAAACAGCCGAACAGGGAAAUAGCCGGGGGCCAAUGGCAAACAAAACAAAAAAGCCAACAUCUACAGCAACGAAGGACGUGAUAGAGUAUCAUCAGAUCGAGGCAGUGGAGGAACAGAAGAGCGAAUACCCGUCUUCUGAAUUACAGGCCGAGAAAGAACUAGGGGUCGACAAGCUAGAGGUGCCCAAGAAAAUCACGGAGCCACAGCAGGAACGGAAUAGGAGGAUCCUAGAGAGGCUCGCUUCUGAUGCUCAGCGGCUAACAAAUCUUCAAACAAGCAUACAAGAACUGAAAAGGAAGACCGAGAACCCCGACAAGAGCAAGCAGCUGGCAGGCGUUGAAUACGAAGAUGUAAAGGCGCAGUUAAAAGAAGUUGAGCAAUCCAUCUCACAGUUGGUUGACAUUAACAGCAAAUGGACGAAGAAAACUGAAGAUGGUUCCACAUCUUUAGACAGCAAGUCCGAGGAGUCCCAAGAAACGGGGAAUGUUGGGAGUAGGCAACUUUCUGUGCGGGCACGGAGAUGGUCUGAAAAGAUUGGAAGGUUAGAGUUGGAGGUGCAAAGGAUCCAGUUUGUCUUGGUCAAACUUGAGGAUGAAUGCGAAAGCAAAGGAGCCAAAGCCAUCGAGCGAAGAACAAGAGUUCUACUGAGAGACUAUCUCUAUGGAGGGAGAACAAAACAUGGGCGGAAGAAGCGUCCUUUCUGUGCAUGUAUGAGACCUUCAACAAGGGAGGACUGACUUCUGGACUGGACCCAAUUUGGUAAUAUGAGAAAAGCCAGUGGAGCUAAAGCUGCUAGUUCGGCGGCAUGAGAAUGCGGAGGUAAGAUCAUUCAGGCAUCACAACUGGUACACUUAUGAAUUCGACAACUUAUCUUUUCGUUCUCUACACCUUGUUUUCGAUAUGGUGUCUUACUUGAGACAUUGCUAUAUUAGCUGGAAUUCUUCUUUAGUUUUAGAGGAUAUGUAAAUUUCAGGCUUGCUCUAAUUAAAGUAGCUGGUCACAUCCCAUGAGCUUGUUUA